AACAGUCGUAGCCUCUUUGUUUCCUUCCGGAACCGGACCGUCGGCGGACCUUUCUGUUUCCGUAUCUGGGAGGAGAGCAGUGUGACUCCAGAGGAAGCUGCUGUCUGUCAAAAUGCAGGACCCGAACGAAGACACCGAGUGGAACGACAUCCUGAGGAAGAAAGGCAUUCUUCCUCCCAAAGAGGUCCCGAAAGAUGACGAAGAGGAGCAGCUGGCUCUCCAGCAGCAGUCUGUGGUUAAAACGUACGAAGACAUGACGCUGGACGAACUGGAGGAGAAUGAAGACGAGUUCGGGGAAGACGAUGAGGCGGCCAUUGAGAUGUACAAACAGAAGCGUCUCGCCGACUGGAAGGCGACUCAGAUGAAGAACAUUUUCGGGGAGUUGGUGGAGAUCUCUGGGCAGGACUACGUGAAGGAGGUCAACAAGGCCGGAGACGCCAUCUGGGUGGUGCUGCACCUCUACAGAACCGGCAUCCCUCUGUGCUCCCUCAUCAACCAGCACCUGAGCUCGCUGGCCAGGAAGUUCCCCCAGACCAAGUUCCUCAAGUCCAUCUCCACCACCUGCAUCGCCAACUACCCCGACCGCAACCUGCCCACCGUCUUCGUGUACCUGGCCGGAGAGAUGAAGGCCCAGUUCAUCGGGCCGCUGGUGUUCGGGGGUAUGAACCUCAAAGCCGAAGAGCUGGAGUGGAGGCUCUCGGAGUCCGGAGCGGUGGAGACGGACCUGGAGGAGAACCCCAAGAAGCAGAUCCAAGACAAGCUGAUGUCGUCCAUCAGGUCUUCUCUUCCCACAGGAAAGGACAGCGACUCGGAGGACGAGGACUGUUAGAGACUCUGGGACCCGUCAGGGGGUCAGAGGGUUCAGAGGGUGAGGGUUCAGGGGGUCAGAGGGUCAGGGUCAGAGGGUCAGGGGGUCAGAGGGUUCAGAGGGUGAGGGUUCAGGGGGUCAGAGGGUGAGGGUCAGCGGGUCAGAGGGUGAGGGUCAGAGGGUGAGGGUUCAGGGGGUCAGAGGGUCAGGGGGUCAGGGGAUCAGGGGGUCAGAGGGUCAGGGGUUCAGAGGGUCAGGGGGUCAGAGGGUGAGGGUCAGGGGGUCAGGGUCAGAGGGUCAGGGGAUCAGGGGGUCAGAGGGUGAGGGUCAGGGGUUCAGCGGGUCAGAGGGUCAGGGGAUCAGAGGGUCAGGUUAGGCGUCUCUGUUACCAGCGUAUACUCUUCAUAUCUUAACCCAGUCCUGCUCACAGACUCCUGGACCUGCACAACAAUCCUUCUUUUGUAGUUCAAUAAACAUCCGACGGCUUCACGUGAAUCUUUACAAAAGCAUCAAAGACACAUUGUAACUUUUUUAAAGUUUUUUUAAUUUUUUUUAUUACGUUUCAUCAUAUUUGUCACAAAAUGUACAUUUGAAUCUGUUGAAUUAAAUGAGUCCUCCUCUUUGACACAAUAA